CCGCCACAUCACUAGCAUGGCGGAGAACGAAACAGGAAUUCCGUCUAUGCGCGGAUGACAGCGUCGCUGAUGACCGUCCCGUGGCAACGCCAAGCUGUUGCCCAGCGACCAGCGGUGAUCCCAUAACUCAGCUAGCCAGCUGUGAGCCACUCGGCAGAAGCGUAUCCUCAACACACAGCUGUUGUGUGCCACCUGGCUUGUGUCAAACCUCUUAGACCGUGGAUGAAGUGUUAAUACCUUGAUGCUCUCAGUUGGACCCGUGCCUUUUCUCCACCCGAGGGUCAGACUAACUAACUAGCAUAGCGUAGUGCUCUCGACCAGGCAACAAAGAUGAGUUUCUUCGACAUGUCGUCCUUGGACGAACUGUCAGAUGGACUGGCAAACUUGCCCAUGUUUCCUUAUUUUGAGAUCGCGCACUAUAUCGUGUCGGUGAUGGCUUUGAGGGAGCAGCCAGGAGCUCUAGUUCUGUCCAGAAUCAGCCCCCUGGCCUGUUGGUUCAGCUCCAUGCUGCACUGCUUCGGGGGAGCAGUACUGACAGGGAUCAUGCUGGCUGAGCCACCAAUAGGACCUUUGUCCAACAGCGACAAUAUUCUGCUUGCAUCAAUCAUCUGGUACUUGAUAUUUUAUUGCCCCAUGGACUGGGUCUACAGCUUCACUACUCUGACGCCCAUCAGGGUGGUGCUGUCAGCAAUGAAGGAGGUGACCAGGACCUGGAAGAUCCUUGGAGGCAUUGCUCAGGCACAAGACAAGUACGAGGACAACCUGCUGAUUAUGAUAGCCAUCGGGUGGGCGAAAGGUGCUGGAGGUGGCCUCAUCAGUAAUUUUGAGCAGCUUGUCCGGGGUAUAUGGAGGCCAGAAACCAACGAGCUAAUUAGGAUGUCCUAUCCUACAAAGAUCACCCUGAUAGGGGCGGUGCUGUUUGCUCUGGAGGAGACUCAGUACCUGCCUGUGGAGAAACACCACCUGAUGCUUUUCUACACCGUCUUUACUGUUGUCAACAAGUCCUAUAUGAUGCUGACUGGCUCCUCCUCCUUCCCCUUCGCCCCCAUCGAGUGGCUCCUGUUUGAGGUGCUCUUUACGGGACGUUUCUCCUACGGCGCUCUCACCCUGAGACGGAUAUGUGGAACCAUCAUCAUGGAUAACGGCACAUCAAACAGAGGCAGGAUCACCACUCGUGGGUCAACCAAAGAGUGCAGACACAACUGCCCUUCUCCUGUUAGGGGUGACAGAGGCACGCGCAGAGCCAAAGACGAGUCAGACGCUAAAGACUCCAAAAAAUACAAAUAAACAGCCUUUGCCUCGUAGCACCUUUUUAUCUGAAUCCUUUACGGUUCAGAUUUGUCACAUUGAAUGUUGACCUAGACUUUAUGUUCCGUUUUUCUCCGUUUGAGAAAAAAUUUUUUAGUAGCCAUGCUUGAAAAUAUAUAUUUUCCUAAAGUAUUUCUUAUGUAUUUCUCAGGAUUUUAGCUAUAAAAAAAAGAAGACAUUCAAUAAGAGAUGAGUUAAGCAACCUCUGGGUUUCUGUGGGUUAAUUACCCCCUCCUUAAAGAACAGUGAAAUGCAUGCUGUUGGAGGUGAAAGAAACACUAUCCUUUGGCUGAUUGCACACUUGCAGUACAAAGUAUAGCUUCUUUAUUUUAAAAUAUUUAUUUUAGAAAUGAAAAGUUUAUAUAUUCCAAAGCUUUGGGACCAAUGCUGUACAACUGUUGAGAAUUUCUGUAUAUUUUGCUCCAUUUUUUUUUUUUUUACUU